UGCUUGUUGAGUGCUCCAGCGAAAGCACCGCCUACGCCCGAUGCGUGCUGGAGCACAAAGACAAUCCUCAGAAGGGAGACUGCACAAAGGAGUUCGAGCGGAUGGCCAAGUGCGUCAAGUCCAAGGCGCGCCGCAGUGCACCCUGAGCGAUGCUGGAGGCCGUUAGAAGCUCCAUCCAGGGCGUUGAGCGGCACCUGCUGCGGGCCCUGGCCCUGCGGCUGGCCCUGGUGGCGCUCACCGGCGCGCUUGACGCCCACCUGCCGGUCAAGUACACAGACGUCGACUACUUGGUGUUCAGCGACGCGGCAGCCCACGUGGCCGACGGCCGCUCGCCCUACCUGCGCCACACAUACCGCUACCCACCGCUGCUGGCCUGGAUGCUGGUGCCCAACCUGUGGCUGCACCCGGCCUUUGGAAAGGUUCUCUUCUCGGUGGCCGACGUCACUGUUGGCCUGCUGGUGAACCGGCUGCUACUGGCUGGCGGAUUUGAGGCGGCCACGGCGGCCAGCUUCGCGCAGGCGUGGUGGCUCAACCCUGUGUCCGUGGUCAUCUGCACCAGGGGCAGCGCAGACGCCCUCACGGCCUGCCUGGUGCUCGCCGCCUUGCUCGCCGCGCAAAGGUCGCGACCCGGGCUGGCCGGCCUGCUGCUCGGCACGGCGGUACAUCUGCGCCUCUACCCCGUGGUGCUGGGCUUCAACUUCCUGGCAGCCUGCUCAAGCAACUUGGCGCGCUUCCGACUGAUCCUGGCCGGCGCCGUGUCCUUCGGCUCGCUCACCUGGAUCAGCUGGCUGGUGUACGGCCACGAGUUCCUCGAGCACAGCUACCUGUACCACUUGGACCGGCGGGACGCACGCCACAACUUCUCACCGCUCUUCUACCCGCUCUAUCUGCUCGGCGCCAAGGCUGCCUGGCUAGGCACCCUGAGCCUCGUGCUGCAGGCCGCACUGAUCCUGAGCGUGGCCGUGGCGUUCGCCAAGCGCAAGGCCGACCUGCCGUUCGCCUCCUUCUGCGCCUGUGCCAUCUUCGUGGCGUACAACAAGGUCGUGACGGCGCAGUAUUUCAUCUGGUUUCUCUCUAUUCUGCCAGCCUGCGCGCCCCGUUUCAGGGUCUCCUCCACCAGGGCGCUGGUUCUCUCCGCAAUCUGGCUGGUGACGCAGCUCACCUGGUUGCUGCCUGCCUACUUGCUCGAGUUCCAGGGACUCAAUACCUUCAUGCUCAUUUGGCUCUACUCGCUGGCCUUUUUCGUCGUCAAUGUUUUCGUGCUGGCUGAGCUCGCCGCCAGCUACCAGCCGGCGCCGCCGCCGCACAACACCACCAGGCCCAAGCCACGGACUGUUCGAAGGUGAAAGUGAAAUCAAAGGAUAACAAUAGUGAUCCAAGAUAGUGCCUCCUAUAAAGGGGAUAGCUUGUGAAACAACUUUAGUUCAUUUUUAAAUUUAAAAUGUGUUGGUGAAUAAAAGUUUGGUAUGAACUGUGUAUUAAACAAAAAAAUCAGUUUAAU